AUAAAUACUAAUACUUCGGGCAAAACAUUAAGCGCCCGACUGUUGGAGCCGUUGAUGGAGUCAUUGCCGCGACUGUUCGUCGAGGACUACGUCCAGGAAAUACUAAUGACGGGAGAAAUGAGUGCCGAAAACAUACGAUACGGACAGAAGUAUUGGAAGAGAACCAAACACGUGAUGCUCACGCGUUUCGAAAUGUUAAAACGCGCGCUAACUGUGACCACCAAUGAUGACGAGCGCCACUAUUUGAGUCUAGUUGUGUUAGGAUUGGGACGAAAACUGAACAAAUAUUUGGACAAUUUUCAACACCUAUUGGGCGGCAUUGAGGACGACAUACUGAUCUACGCGCCCACCGAUACCCUCAUCGAUAAUCAUCUCGUAUUUUGGCGUGAAAUGAAACGUGAUUCAUUUGUACGCAUGAUGGCCACCGAUUUAGUGCCCGCGUGGCAUAUAUUACAGCUCCGGGAGUACCUAAAACGUCAGCCCCAAUACAAGCCGAGCCCGUUGUCUGACUUUAUA